GCAGCCUGGGUAGAGGGAGCGCUAGAGCGCAGAGAAAUCAACAGGCUCGAGCGAUUGGGGCAGAGAGGGAAGAGUUUCCGCGGGGUCAGAGUCGCAGUGGAAGUACCAACAAUCAAUUCCGCUGACCAGCAAUGGCCAGGGAAAGCUCCCUCCCUUCCCUUCUAGUGCGGCUCUGUAGCAUCCUUCCAUGGCUUUUCGUGCUCCAGACUGAAGCUGGGCCCCAGCAAGAGGACAGCUUGUACAUGUGGAUUGGUGCUCACCAAGCCAGGGUCCUCAUAGGUUUUGAAGAGGAUAUCUUGAUUGUUUCAGAGGGAAAAAUGGCCCCGUUCACUCAUGAUUUCAGAAAGGCUCAACAGAGAAUGCCGGCUAUUCCUGUUAAUAUUCAUUCCAUGAAUUUUACCUGGCAAGCCACAGGAAAAGCUGAAUAUUUCUAUGAAUUUCUAUCCCUCCGGUCUCUGGAUAAAGGCAUCAUGGAUGAUCCCACCAUCAACAUCCCAUUGCUUGGAACAGUUCCCCACAAGGCAUCAGUUGUUCAAGUGGGAUUCCCGUGUCUUGGAAAACAAGAUGGAGUGGCAGCAUUUGAAGUGACAGUGAUCGUAAUGAAUUCUGAAGGCAAUAUCAUCCUCCAAACUCCUCAGAAUGCCAUCUUCUUUAAAACAUGCCAACAAGCUGAAUGCCCAGGAGGGUGCAGAAAUGGAGGCUUUUGUAACGAAAGACGGAUCUGCAAAUGUACUGAUGGAUUCUAUGGGCCACACUGUGAGAAAGCACUCUGCACACCACGAUGCAUGAAUGGCGGACUCUGUGUUACUCCUGGCUUGUGUAUCUGCCCACCAGGAUUCUAUGGUGUAAACUGUGAAAAAGCCAACUGUUCAACAACUUGCUUUAAUGGAGGAACUUGCUUUUACUUAGGAAAGUGUGUUUGCCCACCAGGACUGGAGGGAGACCAGUGUGAGAUAAGCAAAUGCCAGCAAGUCUGUAGAAAUGGUGGGAGAUGUAUUGGGAAAAAUAAAUGCAAGUGUUCCAAAGGCUACCAAGGCGAUCUCUGCUCCAAGCCCAUCUGCGAGCCUGGUUGUGGAACUCACGGGACCUGCCAGGAACCCAAUAAAUGCCAAUGUAGGGAAGGCUGGCACGGACGACACUGUAACAAAAGGUAUGGAGCCAGCCUCAUGCAUGCCCUAAAGCCACCAGGCACCAAGCACAGACAGCACACGCCUUUGCUUAAAAAGGCCGAAGAGAGGCAUGUUCCACCUGAAUCCAAUUACAUCUGGUGA